AGGGAGGGGGGGUAGAAUGACAGCUGAGAGAGGGAUGCGAGAUUGUGUGUGUGUGAGGGCGAGUGAAAGAGAGAGAGCGGAAAGAGAGCUGAGGAGAAGAGAGUGCUGAGAUCCUCUGUGUGUCAGUGGAAGCUGCUUCUGUCUCUCUGAAUUUUAGCAGAGGCUGCCUCUGCCUCUGGUAGGGAGAGGGAGAGAGAAGUAGAAAGAGAGAACAAGGCAGAAACAGAGAUUGCGAAGGAGGGAGAGCGAGAUAGAGAGGGAGCGAGAGCGUGGAGAUCUUUCUCUCGAUCUCUGCUUGGAGCACGAGGAUCUAUGCUGGAUACUUCGUCACUCUUUCUCCUCCUCUUCCUCUCGUUUGCCGGACUCCUCUUUAGAACAGAGGGAAACCUCAGACUCGGCGCUCAUCCGUUGCCGUGGCAAUGGGCUGUCGGCUCUCAGGGCCGUGGUUCGGCGAUGGAUUGGGGGUCAGUGGGCGGGAUCUGAGUCACCUGACUAAACGGGAUCUUUCCCACCUGAGCAAACGUGAUGCUCUUAGAAUCCUGGCUGCUUAUGAGCAGCCAAUCACAUUGCAGAUCAAGAGCCAGCGUGGGAGGGGUUAUGGACUACAGGACUGCAGCACGCAGACUGAGAGACACUGGGAGCCUCUCACCCUGCCCCCCCACCUGGCCCUGCGCAGUUUGGGUGUCACAGCAGCCGGAACCAUGCCCAGGGUCAACCCUGCCUACCAGGACAGACACUACUGCAGCCACAUGAGUCUGCCUCGUGAUCACCGUGACAAUGGGAGAUAUGAGUACCUACCUACCGCUCCACAAGACAUAGAGGAGUUGGAUCCACUUGGUUACCAGGACCUGGAGCUGGCCAGUCGUGUUCCGAGGGAUCAGAGCUGUCUGAUUGGCUGCUGCAACAACCUAGAAGAGCCCAGCAGUUACCACAGCCAGACUGAGGAUGAGGACUAUAUGUUGGAGAAACCUCUGGGCUACCUGCCACUUCACCAUGAGCUGGACAGUGGCCUGGGCUGGACCGACGGUAGCCUGCACCAGGGAGACCUCUCUGGCUUGGAGACAGAGGAGGGGGGUCUGGAGGAAUGUCACCCCAGGGGAGGAGGCCUGGCGGUCAGUGGAGGAGGGGGUGGAGGUGGAGGGUCUCCAUCAUCUGAGUCCUUCAUCUCGUCUGAGCUGAGUGACUCAGGGUUCUACAGCGUGAGCACGGGAGAGUUCCGCCGCUUCCAGAGGCUGUUAGAGAAGCGCAUGUGCCUGUACAAAGCUCGUCUCCACCACCAGAGGGAGGUGUGCGAGCGGGAACGCCGCGACAGCUGCCAGAAGAACCACAGAGAGCUGCUUGAAGCCAUCCCUGAGGCACUGACCAUGCAGCCCCAGCCCUCCUGCUCCAUGCCUGGCCUGGCCGCUCCAUCCAUGGGCCCUCCACCCCACGGACUCUUCAGGGUGUCGUCCGUCCAGUUCCGGAAGGCGGAUCGUCCCUGUCUGAGCAGACACAGCUCAAGUAGCGGGUCCCUAUUCAACCCUCACCACGCCCCUGCGCCCCUCUCUGCCCAUGCGCCUGUCCUCUCCACGUGCAGUACCCCCUCCGGCCACCGCAGGCCGCCACCUCCACUGCAGCACCAGGGCUCCAGCUCAAUGGGGCAGCUGCGGAGAAGCAGAACCCUGCACCACCGUGGCCCACCCCAGGAGCGUGUCAGACGUGCCAGUCACCCGUCAUCCCCCUCCUAUGCCACCCUGCAGCAUUGUGGAGUAGCGCCACCUAGAGGCCUGGAGCUGGGCCUGCCUGAAGAGGGAGAAUCAGAACUGGUCCUCACACACCCAGCAGGAUUGGCCCUCUCACCCCAGCAACAUGCAACCUCUCUGGGGGAACACAGAGGAGCUGUGCCCUUACCAAGGGGACAUUACUGCGACAAUAGUGGAGGUCGUGAUCAGCUGGUUAACGACAGGAGGCAGCAGCAGGAGAGGAGCUUUAUGUCAGAGAUACCAGUGCGGGAGAGGGAGCAAGAGAGAGAAAGAGAAAGGGAGCAUGAAAGGGAGCGUGAAAGACAGCAAGAAAGAGAAAGAGAGCGAGAAAGAGAAAGGGAGCGAGAAAGAGAAAGGGAGCGAGAAAGAGAACGAGAGAAAGAAAGAGAGCGGGAAAGACAAAGAGAAAGAGAGGUGCACCACUUCAGCACCCUCAGCCACCCUCCCCAGACAUCCAUGGACAUCCAUGAGACAUGGCCUAAACCGGCCAAUCGGCUGUCCCACCAGGGGUCAGGGGGUGGUGGGGGCCUCUACAGCACUCUUGAGGGCCACACUGGGGUCGGGGCUGGGGUCGGUGGAGGGUCCAGGAAGUGCCCCAAUCCUAACCCCAACCCUACCCCUAACACUAACUCCAACCAUCCUAACCCGAGAGCUGUGAGGAACCAGAUUCUUCGCGACCGGGCGUCGCAGCUAGCGGACGAGCGCAGCGGGAUGAGUACAGAUGAGGAGAGUCAGGAGGUGAUGAGGGGGAGGUACUGGAGCCGCACAGAAAGACGGGAGCACCUCCUACUGGCCCGCGAGCAGAAGCAGCAGCAACAGCAGGCCCGAGGGCAACAGGCUUACACAAGGCCAGGAGCCAAUGGAGGAUCAGGUUCUCUGAGAGAGGCAGGCGUCAACACAAGAGGAGGAGCUAUGGGAGGAGGAGGGAGAGGAGUUAUUCAAGAGGAAGAGGCUAUGUCUGGAGGGGGAGGGUCUUUGGGAGAUGGCCGGUGCAACACGGUGCUGGAGCUCAGCCAAAGGAAGUUGAGUCGUCUGCAGAACAGGAAGCUGUUUGAUGAUUGGACGACGGUGGAGGAGCUGCUGACUCACGGGACGAGGCUGGGUACCCGAGACGAGAUGUCCCUCUGUCCCAGCUCACUACUGACUGUCACUACUGUAUAGGGUCUGUGUGUGUGUGUGUGUACAUGCGUGUUUUCCACUAUAAAGCACCAUGGACAAUA